AUGGCUCCCGCAACAAUUGAACCAGCUGUCCAGCUGCCCAUCCAAACCAAGUCAAUCUCCUCCUCCAAACCUCUCCAGACGAAAGGCAGCCUCGACAGCUUCGAGUCAUUCGAUGUUACACCCACCAUCGGCCGCGAGUUCCCAAAGGCAAACCUUGUAGAAUUUCUUAACGCACCCAACUCGGACGAACUCCUUCGGGACCUCGCUAUCACCAUCUCCCAACGAGGUGUUGUCUUCUUCCGUGCGCAGGACAACCUCACCAAUGAUCUGCAGAAGGAACUAAUCCUCAGACUCGGCAAACUCACUGGCCGACCUGAGACCUCUGGCUUGCAUAUCCACCCCAUCCUCAACUCUGAGCGUGAGCUCGGUGGCAGUGAUCCUGAGAUCAGCACCAUCAGCUCUAUCCAGCAUGACAAGUUCUACAAGAGGACUGAAGCCGAAGAGUUGAGCCCCAAGAAACAAAAGUCUGCUCAGUGGCACAGCGAUAUUGCUUUUGAGCCUGUUCCUGCGGAUUACACGUCCUUGCGUCUCGUCCAGCUUCCCAAGACUGGUGGCGACACCCUUUGGGCAUCGGGAUACGAAAUCUACGAUAGAAUCAGCGAACCGUACCAGAAGUUCCUUGAAUCUCUCACCGCAACCUUUCAACAGCCUCACUUUAACGCUGUUGCUGAACGUCAAGGAUUCCAGCUAUACGACAAGCCGCGCGGAGCUCCAGAGAACGUUGGAAGUGAGCUCAAGGCUAUUCAUCCCGUAGUUCGAACCAACCCCGUCACAGGAUGGAAGAGCAUCUUCCCUGUCGGCGGACACGUAUCGCACAUUAACGGCGUGACAAAGGAGGAAAGUCAGCACCUGUUGCAGUGGUUCUUGGACCUGGUAUACCACAACCACGACUUGCAGGUUCGACUUAAGUGGCAGAACCCCAACGAUAUCGCCAUCUGGGAUAACCGUAGUGUUUUCCACACUGCAACAUUCGACUACGAAGGUCAGGGCGAGCGGUUCGGCAACAGGGCAGUUGGACUUGGUGAGCGGCCAUACUUGGAUCCUCAGAGCACUUCCAGAAGGGAAGCUCUUCACAAAUAG